UUUCAACAAAACUGUUUCAGAACGUCUUCUAAAACAUGUGUUUGGUCUGAGAAAAGAAUUGUUUUCGAACGUUCGAAUUCUAUUAGCCGUUUGGCUUACAAAAAGAGAGAAAAUAAUAAUUCAGAGAGAAAAAUAUUGUUUUGAGGAUUGGCGCAAUGGGUGAAUCUGCAGUUCUAUUUCAUUCACAUUCGUUCGCAGCUCCUCUUUCUCGUCAUGAAUCUCAUCAGGAUAAUACUAUGCAUGCGCUUAGCCAAUCAGUCUCCUUCGGUAGAUUCAUGACAGAGAAUCUUGAGUGGGGGAAAUGGUCAAGCUUCUCGCACAAGAAGUAUGUCGAUGAAGCUGAGAAAUAUUCUCAGCCUGGAUCUGUUGCUCAGAAGAAAGCUUUCUUUGACGCUCAUUACAAGAAAAUAGCUGAAGCCAAGAAAGCAAAAGCAGCUUCAGAUGACUCAAAACAAGAAGAACAACAACCAGAAAGUGUUGCGGUGUUGCUAAACACAUUGGAGACAUUGACUAAAGAUGAGGUUAAAGAAGAAGAAGAGAGUGGUGAAACAGAGUUAGUCCUGGGUGGUGAAGAGGUGGUUUUGAGUAUGGAGAAAGAUGAAGAAGAAUCCGAAAGAACGAGUGUUGUUGUGGUUUUGGAACAAGAAGGCACUGUGGUUGAUAACUCUGUGAUUGCAGAUGAUUUACAGGCUGUUCUUGAGGUGCUCGAUGUGAAUCACACAGAGGAUGUAGAGUUGUUGAAGAAGAGCUCUUUUAUUGGAGAAAAAGAAGAAGAGGGAAAAUCUGUUGCCAAGAACUCACCGGUGUCUAUGGAUAAAUCAGAAGCUCCAAAGAAAGCAAUGGAGCCUGUUGUCUCACAGAAAAUAAGUGAAAAACCGGCAACUCACAGUUCCAUGAAGAAGAACAAAUUCAGUUUCUUGAAGCUUUUGAUGGGCAACACUAAAACUCAAGAUCAGAACCCAAAGAGAAAGACUGAUAAGAAACCGAACAAAAUGUUUCUCUGUCUUUGCUUCAACCCUGAGAUGGUGAGGGAAAUAGAAGGGCCAACCAAAACACAGAGGAAGAAUCUCUGAGAAUAAAAGAUAGAAUCUUUUCUGUUGGCUUCAAAGCUCUUAGAAAGAUCUGUCCUCAGAUUCAAGUAUGGUAGAAAAAUAGAAUCAUUGAGUGCACAGUGGUAAAACAAAAAAAACUGAGAUACCAGAAGAAAAAAAAGUUUGCUUCAUUUUCUUGUAUUGUAUAUCUAAUGAACGUUUUGUUGUAUGUUUGUUUUACAUACUCAUCAUAUUGAUAUAUUUGUUUGUGUUGUUGUU